AUGCAUUUUCUGGAUGCCGGCAUAAAUCAAGGUACGAAUAAUCUCCGAAUCGGCGCGCCAUCUUGCCGACUCAAGGACGCCUGGACGGUGGGCCAGAACGUUGCUUCAACCAGUGGCAAUGUCAUUGGCCAUGCAGCAGCAGAUGCUGUCGAGGUCUCUGAGUAUCUAGGGAUCCCUUACGCUACGCCUCCUACCGGACCCUUGCGAUUCCAGCCUCCCGUGGAAUUCAACGGGUCAUCCGUAAUCAACGCCACAGAUUUUGGAUUCGCCUGCGUGCAACCUGGUGACGGCGGCCAGAAUUCGGUUCCUCAAAGUGAGGAUUGUUUGACCCUCAAUAUCUGGACGAAACCUCAAGUCGGAGAGAGAAAGAAGGCUAUUCUUGUGUGGGUUCAUGGCGGUGCCUAUUCUUUCGGCAGCUCUAGAGCUCCUGGCUACAAUGGAGAGUAUAUUGCUAACCAGACCGAUGUCGUGCUUAUAUCGAUCAACUAUCGUCUUGGUAUUUUCGGCUUCCCGGGCAAUCCAGUUACUGCCUCAAACCUUGGCUUGCUCGACAUGCGGCUGGCUAUGCACUGGAUCCGGAACAAUGCUGCAGCAUUUGGGGGUGAUGUGAAUCGCAUCACCAUCUUUGGCCAGUCUGCAGGAGCUGGCAUGGCGGAUUUCUAUUCGUAUUCCUACGCCUCGGACCCGAUCGCAAAUGGAUUUAUCCUCAUGAGCGCCACUGUGGACGGUUUUCCGGCGUUGAGCAGUGAGGCAACUGAGUCACGGUGGUUCAGGAUUGCUAAAACCGCAGGCUGUGGUGGCAGCACUGCCGAUCCGAACCUUAUCACCGAAUGUAUGAGGAGCAAGACUGCUCAGGAACUGAUAAGCGCAUUUUCUUCAGAGGAUACAGGCAUUGGUGCCGUUCCUGCGUUCGGGCCAGGGGUUGAUGAUAUCAUCGUCUUUGCGGACUACAGCUCUCGGCACUCUGCCAGGGGAGGAUAUUUGAUCGGUAAUAACCAGAAUGAGGCGGGCUCGUUCCGAGUACUACAGCCGAACCAGACCGACGCCUAUUGGGUCGAUUUCAACGAUCGAUACUACACCUGCGCGGACGCCGUGAGGUUGACACGGUCAACCGGAGAUGGCAACCCGUCCUGGAGGUAUCGUUACUUCGGAGAUUUUCCGAACUUGGCCGUUUCGACGGAUCCGCCCAGCGGAGCGUAUCAUGGCGCCGAGCUUCAACCUCUCUUCGACACGGUGCCCCAGAGCCCCAUGCCAAGCACAUUAGAACAGGUGGCCAUUGGCGACUACCUGCGCGGUGCUUGGGCCGCAUUCGCCAAAGAUCCAACGCAUGGUCUGCUGGCUUAUGAAGACGGGUGGCCGAAAUACGAGCCAACAGAGGAAACUCUGGUUCGUCUUGCAUUUGAAAACCAGACUGGAACAAACUUGGCCUUGGGUAAUACAUACGAUGGUCCUUGCCAGUUUUUGGAGAGGAGUGUUAUGUGA